AUGGUCCAUCACGCCGACUACACGAACUUCUCGAAUCCUUCCUCGGCCGAAACCAAAACCAAACGCGAAACACUUCAACAGCUACUUGAUGCUUACUCGGCCCUCGAAACUCCGUAUUUGAUAUCCAACUUGUCCAAUUGUGCAUCUCUAUUAUGGCACGCAUACCAUUCAUUGGGCAUCAAUGUGAAUUGGGCGGGAUUCUACACCAGCCAGAAUUAUCAAGUUCGUCAUAUCAGCACCACAAACCAUCAAGAGAAACUCAAUCACGAAUCACACAAAGAAACCUCCUCAGCAACUACCUCAACCACCGCUUCUUCUUCUUCUUCUUCUCCUUCUUUUGCUACUUCCUCCGUUGAAUUGCUUCUAGGCCCAUUCCAGGGUAAAGUCGCCUGCCAAUCGAUCCAAUGGGGUAAAGGAGUAUGUGGAACAGCCGCAUCGACAGCCCAAACUCAAGUUGUACCCGAUAUCAACAAGUUUCCCGGUCAUAUAGCAUGCGAUGGUGAGACAAAGUCGGAGAUUGUUGUGCCUAUCAUAAAAGAGGGUUCGUUUAACUCUGAUGAUGAGGGUGGCAGAGCAGUGGCAGUUAUUGACUUGGAUUGUCUUGAUUUUAAUGGGUUUGAUGAGGUUGAUAAGGAGUUUUUGGAACAAUUGGCCAAGCUAUUAAGCAAAAGCUUCUGA